UAUAUAUAUAUAUAUAUAUAUAAGAAGAAUUUGAUAUGGGUAAAGGGGAGUUGGAGAUAAUUUGUGUAGAGAAUAAGCAAUCGAGCUCUUCAAUCUCUGAAGGUAGUAGUGGCAUUGUGGUACCCAAGUCUCCCCGGAUUUCCAGUCCUACUGCUACAUCGCCGCCUCAUAGGAGGACAUCUGGACCGAUUAGACGAGCAAAGGGGGGUUGGACUCCAGAGGAGGAUGAGACGCUUAAAAAGGCUGUUGGGCUUUACAAGGGUAAAUGCUGGAAGAAAAUAGCUGAAUAUUUUCCCGAUAGGUCAGAAGUCCAAUGUUUGCAUCGCUGGCAGAAGGUUCUUAAUCCGGAGCUUAUUAAAGGUCCUUGGACACAAGAGGAGGAUGACACUAUCGUCGAGCUGGUUCAAAGAUACGGGCCUACAAAAUGGUCUCAAAUAGCCAAGUCACUGCCUGGUCGUAUCGGGAAACAAUGUCGUGAGAGGUGGCACAAUCAUUUGAAUCCGGAUAUUAAAAAGGAUGCUUGGACCCUGCCAGAGGAGAUGGAACUUAUGAAUGCACAUCGUGUGCAUGGAAACAAAUGGGCUGAAAUAGCAAAGUCAUUGCCUGGAAGGACCGAUAAUGCAAUUAAAAAUCAUUGGAAUAGCUCCUUAAAAAAGAAAUUGGAUUUCUAUUUAGUCACAGGGAACCUUCCAACUGUCCCAAAGGACGAUAUUCAGAAUGGAGGUGGUGACAUAAGCAGAAUUCAUUCAACCAAAAAACUGAUUGCUUCCUCAGCUACAAGUGCUUGGGGAUCACCCACAACUGCAGAACACCGUAAGGUGGAAACAGAUACUACGGAUGAUUUAGAAUGUUCGACCCCAUCUCAAGAUGUAGAUGCUUCAUCAAAUUAUUUUCCAUGUGGAUCAACUGAUUCUGAACCCGCUGGAAGCAAAUCACAGCCAUCGAAGUUUGAUCUUAGUCACCUAAGCCGGAAUUUGAUUCCAAAGUUUAAUAAUUGCAGUACAAGACAUGAUGGAAUUAAUCAGGACACAUUGGAUGCAUCACCAUUACGAUCCAGCAUUCCAUCAUUCGGUUCUUUGUAUUACGAACCUCCACAGAUAGAAAAUGUUAUGCCAACUGAAUCAAGUGCUCUAUAUAUGACAUGGAAUUCCCGUGAGUGUAGCUCAAACUCAGUUGUUUCACCUCGGUGUUAUUCAACUCCUCCUUAUGCCGAGAAAUGCAAUGAGUUACAUGCUCAAACACCAGAAUCCAUCUUAAAGAUUGCUGCUAAGAGCUUUCCUAACACACCUUCUAUUUUAAGAAAAAGAAAAGAUCUAUCAUCUCCCUCAUUUCACAAGAUUAUGAAGACCCAUGAUGCUAAAAGAGCUAACAAUGUUUCGGAGGAAUCUGAAUCAUGUGGAGGAGCUUCAUAUGGUAGUGGCAAUAAUCUUGGUGGCAUUGUGACGGAAGGCGCGCUGGCUACUGUUAAUACAUAUAAUGCAUCUCCGCCUUACAGAUUAAGGUACACACGGAAGUCUAAUUUGAAGUCUGUUGAAAAGCAACUUGAGUUCAGACUAGAAGACGUUAUUUGUAAGAGUGAAACCCAAUCUGCAAAUUCAAAUGUGAAAGACAACUCUAUACCCGAAGCUUGUCCAAAUGGAUCAUAAAUAGAGGUUGCUUGUGCAAGAUAUUGAGCCGUUGAAUUGCUCUUGGAUUUUACAAUGGAUUGCUGCCACUCUCGUAUCAAAGGGGAUGCUUUUUAAACACAUACAGUUUCAUUUGAACAAAGCAAUUAAAUAUCUUAUGUAGAGAUUAUUGAAAGUAAAUGCUUCGAAAUAUAGAUUUUUUUUACUUUAGUUACUUUUUUUUCCUUGGCUGUAUGGACAGAAUGAAAAUUUACAUAGAUUAAUCAGGGUUUUGAUAAAUCAAA